AUGGACGCUUAUCAGAUCAUGAUUGGGCGCCCUUCAUCAAAUUCUUGCGCACUUCGAACUCUACUGGUACUAGCAUGGCUUCUUAUUGCCGUGAGUGCGUCGGAAGUGGAUUUCCUUUGGCGGACAGAAGCUAUGCUAUUUGACAACGAGGUAAAGCUUUCGUGGGAAGGUGGCAACCCCGAGUUCCAAUAUGUCGGUGGAUCAGGUUUGUUGCGUGGUAAGAUAGAAGCCUUAGACUGGGUAAAAAACAAGUGGGAGGCUUUGGUAGUUGCUUCAAAGCGAGCGCAUUCCGCAAGUCUACACGAGCUCAACCUCAAAGAUAAUCAUCUGAAUAUCGAUGAUUCAACAGGCGUGACCUUCGUAAAAUUGAGAGGGACGAAGCUGAUACAAUCACAGUCACCACAGUUACUUAGUCACCUUUGA